AUGUCUGAAGUUGGACUUUUGAUGCCUUUGGAGCUUAGAAAAGAAGUCAAAGAAGACAAGUUGUCUGACGACGUAAAAGAUAUCCUCCCUAAAAUUGGCUCUCGUGAGACUGAGAAUGUUUCUCCGCAACGUCGGUCACCUCCAGAAACCACCGAUGAAGAAUCUGAUAAUCAAGGUGGCUUAGAUUCAGAUGCACUGGCAAAAGAAGCCAGUGUAGCACUUCCUCCAAUUAUUACGGUCAAAUGCGGAACCCUAACAGCAAAAAUGGUCACCAAACUCUUCACCUGUCCCGGCAUCCAUCAAAACUGCAUCCUCAUUGACGGCGAAAACGAGUACAUCAGCCCAAAAGAAUUCACAGUUAGAGCUAACAAGGACAAGCAAAAGGACUGGAAGGGAAGCAUUCGAAUUGGAAAAUCUAACCUUCGAACUUUAAUGGAAAUGCGGUCGUUGGACUUUCACGAUCAUUUGAAUCAGUGCUCCGCGAAAUGUCAGAGCAGAAAUUAUAUCACACCAAAAGAUCCCAGUGCAGAUCCAAGUGGACGAAGACGGUCGAGUACUACCAAGUUGUUGCCUCAAAAUAUGUUUCCCCAGAUGCAGUUCCCCAAUACUUCUGCCAGUUUGUUCACAGUACCAGAGAAGAAACCACAGCUGUCAGAAGCACAACCAACAUUAGGAACUCUAUUCAAAAAUCCCGCAUUCUCCCGUUUCGUCGCCAUCAGCCAAAACAUGAAGAACAACAACUUUUCAACACCAUCAACCGCCACCGCCCAAUCACAAUUGCCCCUAUUCACAGCCACUUCUAUCAAAGAGGAAACGACAAAUAUGGAGGACACCGCCACGCAUCUAUUCCAGCAGCAGCAACAACAACAACGGAUGACUGCAACUAAUUCUCUUCUGCAAACGGUUCCACCUCAACCGUCAAUGUUUUGGAAUCCAGAUGCCAAAUUUCAAACAGGGAAUACGGAGCAGAAUCCGCAGGAGAUGAUUGCAGAAAUGAUUAGUGCUGGGUUUGGAGACAAUAUUAUAGAUCUGAUUGUGAAUAAAAUCAAUAAUAUGAGAGAUAAGAUUAAAGGAAUUUCCACAUGUCCUAAUAGUGAGUUUAAAAUCCUUAUAUUGAAUUUUAAUUCGAAAAUUUCAGUUCUAUUGAAAAUGCUGUGCAGUUUAAACGCUGCUGACACAUUUGUUAACACUAUCCAAGCUGUGGAAAGUAUACAAGCUGAAAUUGCAAAGGAAGAGCAGUUACUUUUAAAGGGACAAGCUCAAAUGAACCGCUUGUCAUCUGAUUUCUCAUCCUUGGAAGACGAAAUUCCUGGAAGAAAACGUUCGCUGGAUAUUGUAGAUAUUAUUGGGCAACCAGCAAUUAAACGACCGUCGAUUACAACUUCAAUGCUAGAAGACGACUCUGAAAUCCCUGCUGUUCAACACCUGCUAACACCAAUCAAGCCACUUGUACAGAUCCCCAAGCCAAUAAGCCCUCAGGAAAUGCUAAUGAAUAUUGCAAGCAGCAUGGGGUCCAACAUUGAGAGGAAUCAUGUACUAGCGGCUCUAAAGAUGGAGGAACUCAGGACAGCCACGGCUCAAUGA